AUGGACGGCAUGUUCUACGCGAUGAACAACCCAUACGCCUUCAGUCUCUUCCCAGUGGUGCGUCUUUUUUUUUCAAAAUUUUAUUCAUUUUUUUUUUAUUCUGAUGAGUGGAACUUCUCGGUUGUGCUAACUUCAUCGAAUAUUUUAUUAAAAAAACUUUAAAAACCUUAUUUUUUUCUUUUUAGGGCUUUAUUUUCUAGUGUUAGUAAAAAACCUCGGACCAGUCUUUUUCAGUUAUAGUAGAGUGAGUCGAAAAAUUUUUUUAUUUUUCCAACUUCAAUUUCACUUUUUUUGUUGUUCAUUAGAAAAAAACCGAAAUUGUAUUAUCUUUUUUUGAAUUGAAUGAAGCGCCAGAUUUCAGCUGUUUUAGCACUGAAAUUUUUAUACUGCCCUUCUUAUUCUGUGGCAGUAAUGCAUGGCCACAAUCUGAAUUUUUCUAGUUCAAUCUUUAUGAAUCUUUACAAGUCCCUUUUUUAUUUACAAGUUCCUAUUUUAGUCAUUUAUUCUGGCAAUUUCACGUUUUUCUCUUUUUUUUUUCUCUCGUUCAAUUCAACCAACCAUCUAGUUCGAUUUACAGCUUCUCUAGUUUGAAUCAAGAAAUUGAACUAGGAAAAUAUUUUCUCGUCUCUGUAGUUUGGUUUUUGAGGCUUUUAGUUCCACUGUUUCCUGAAUUUAAAAGUCUCUUAUUCGAACCAGUUUCCAGCUUUUCCAACUUGAAUUUCCUUAAAUUUUAACUUGACUAGGCCACACAAAAAGCGUUCAAGUUGGCUCUAGUUGAAAAUCCAUUUUUAACUUUUGGAUUUUUUUUUUCAAACUUUUUUUUUCUCUUGAUAGGACCUUUUUUUGGCUGAAUCCCUCCCAUUCUCGUUUCCUAGGUGUAUUCAGAGUAUUAAGUUCUCAGAAUUGGACGGACAGACUCAUAAUAUCGAUUCUUUGAAUUUCCAACCAACUCAGGCAUUUGGACGUCACUUGCUUCUAUCAGAAGGCUGACUGAACUGAACAGAAAACCCAUCUUUUUUCAAUCCGGUCUUCUAAGAGUUGAUUCAGUAGAAUCACGAGCCUUAACCAAACGGUUCUCAUAUACGACCUUUUUUGGCUGAAGCUCAACCUUUCUUGGUCUCGCUGAGUUGAAGUUUGAUUGAGAGCAUAAAUUUCUGAGGCCUGAACAGAUAUAGUUGUAAGAGCUACUCUUUCCGUUUCCCACCACUUUUCAGAGCAAGAUUUAUUUACGACUAGACCAGCUUCAAUCAGAAGUCCGAAGUGACUGAACCAUACAGAGACAUUUUUCUAGUGGUUCCAAGGAUCAACCGAAAGAGAUCUUGUCGGCUGAAGCUCAACCUGUCCAGGUCCCCCGGUUAUUGGAGCUUGAUUUGGAGAGUCGCCUGGGCGACACAACAACGGCACACCUUUGCGUCAAGCUCGGGAAAGCACGGAGCUGGAUGGAGAGACGCAGAAGCGUCGCCUCAAAGAAGUCGUUCCGGCUGAGCAAACAAGUCGGCGCCGCCGCACAAAAUUCUGUGAGGAGCGACUCUGCCUGUCGACUGUACUUCGGCUGCAGAUCGAUCGACUCGGCCUCGCUAGCUUCUCUUUCCCUUGUCUUGUCUCUCGAAAAAAUUUCCGUUGAGUUGUGA